UCCAAACUUACCCUGUUUUGUUUCCUCCUGAAAUUCCUUUUAAUUACAGUCAGCAAACAAAAUCUGGGUUUGGUUGUAUGUGAUCUCAAGGGAGGUGGGGAAAAGAACCUCGAGGGAGGUGGGGAAAGGGGAAAAAACUUGAUGGAGGUGGGGAAAAGGGGAAAAGAACCUCGAUGGAGGUGGGGAAAAGGGGAAAAGAACCUCGAUGGAAGUGGGGAAAAGGGAAAAGAACCUCGAUGGAAGUGGGGAAAAGGGAAAAGAACCUCGAUGGAAGUGGGGAAAAGGGAAAAGAACCUCGAUGGAAGUGGGGAAAAGGGAAAAGAACCUCGAUGGAAGUGGGGAAAAGGGAAAAGAACCUCGAUGGAAGUGGGGAAAAGGGAAAAGAACCUCGAUGGAAGUGGGGAAAAGGGAAAAGAACCUCGAGGGAAGUGGGGAAAAGGGAAAAGAACCUCGAGGGAAGUGGGGAAAAGGGAAAAGAACCUCGAGGGAAGUGGGGAAAAGGGAAAAGAACCUCGAGGGAAGUGGGGAAAAGGGAAAAGAACCUCGAGGGAAGUGGGGAAAAGGGAAAAGAACCUCGAGGGAAGUGGGGAAAAGGGAAAAGAACCUCGAGGGAAGUGGGGAAAAAGAACCUCGAGGGAAGUGGGGAAAAGGGGAAAGAAUCUUCACAGAGGUUUCUAAAAAGGGGGAAAGAACCUCGAGGGAGGUGGGGAAAAGGGGAAAGAACCUCGAGGAAGGUGGGGAAAAGAACCUCGAGGGAGGUGAGGAAAAGGGGGAAGAACCCUGAUGGAGGCAGGGAAAAGAACCUCAAUGGAGGUGGGGAAAAAUGGGGAAAGAACCUCGAGGGAGGUGGGGAAAAGAACCUCGAGGGAGGUGGGGAAAAGAACCUCGAGGGAGGUGGGGAAAAGAACCUCGAGGGAGGUGGGGAAAAGAACCUCGAGGGAGGUGGGGAAAAGGGGAAAGGAACCUCGACAGAGGUAACAAAACACAGGAAUAUGCAACUAAGGCAAAGGCCUUGCAGAGGUUUCUCAAAAGCAAGGAGAGCACCAGGAACAGACCUCCCAGUUACUGUGAGCAGAAAGAAAACCAGGACAAGCAGCUCAGGUGCAGGUGACACAGUCCCAGUCCCUGCUCAAGCAGGCAGGCACAGCUCUGCCUCUGAACAAGCCUGACAGUGCCACUCUCUCACAAAAUCUGUGAGCAAGAUCUUUAAAUUUAAGAUGUAAAAGGGUGGCAUUGAGCUUCCUGAUCAACUAGAGAGGAACUACUGGUUAGAAUUCUGCAUUUCUGUGCACCCUCGGGUACUAAUAAGCACCUAGAGAAGUAUACAAAUACAUAGCAUUAUAUAUUUAAUAUUUGUACAGUAAAUAUAAAGUAUAGUCACCCUGCAAACAGAGAUUUGUG